CAUGCGCACAGAAGUUCGCUCACUGCCUGGUUGGUCUUCCUUGAUCUCCGCCAUGAAUGCGGAGAACUUUCAGAGCAGCGAAAGGCUGGUGAACUCGGCCUACGUGAGGCAGGGCUCGCAGGGCCGCCGAGCGCACGAGCUCCGGCUGCGCGCUCUUCUGGAGCAGGGCAAAUGUCCUGAAGAUGCAUGGGAUGAAAGCACCGUUGAACUUUUUCUUCAUGAACUAGCAAUUAUGGAUAGCAAUAAUUUUCUGGGCAACUGUGGUGUAGGUGAAAGGGAAGGAAGAAUUGCAUCAGGGCUAGUAGCCCGCCGGCAUUACAGAUUGAUCCAUGGGAUUGGACGGUCAGGUGAUAUUUCUGCUGUCCAGCCAAAAGCAGCAGGCUCUAGUCUCUUGAACAAGCUUACUAAUUCAAUUGUCUUGGAUGUUAUAAAACUUGCUGGUGUCAAGACAGCAGCUAGCUGCUUUGUGGUCCCCAUGGCAACUGGCAUGAGCCUAACAUUGUGUUUCUUGACACUGCGGCACAAGAGACCAAAGGCAAAGUACAUUAUCUGGCCCCGUAUAGACCAAAAAUCCUGUUUCAAGUCAAUGAUUACUGCAGGUUUUGAGCCUGUGGUGAUAGAAAAUGUAUUAGAAGGUGAUGAACUACGUACAGACCUCAAGGCAGUGGAAGCUAAAAUCCAGGAUCUUGGGGCCGAUAAUAUUCUUUGUAUUCAUUCCACCACAUCGUGUUUUGCUCCCAGGGUACCUGACAGAAUAGAAGAAUUAGCUGAAAUAUGUGCAAAACAUGACAUCCCCCAUAUUGUUAAUAAUGCAUAUGGAGUUCAGUCUUCCAAAUGUAUGCACCUCAUUCAACAGGGAGCAAGAAGAGGCAGAAUAGAUGCUUUUGUGCAAAGCUUGGACAAAAAUUUUAUGGUUCCAGUAGGUGGUGCUGUCAUUGCUGGCUUCAAUGGCUCCUUCAUACAAGAGAUCAGCAAAAUGUACCCAGGAAGAGCAUCGGCUUCUCCUUCAUUAGAUGUUCUCAUUACACUGCUGACCUUGGGCACAAAGGGGUACCAACAGCUGCUAAAAGAAAGAAAGGAAAUGUUUUCGUAUCUUUCAAGUGAAAUGAAGAAAUUAGCAGAAGUCUACAAUGAAAGACUUCUGGAUACACCUCACAAUCCUAUCUCCUUAGCAAUUUCCCUCAAAGAGCUAGAUGAACAAAGUGAUGCAGCUGUUACACAGCUUGGAUCAAUGCUUUUCACCAGACAAGUUUCUGGAGCAAGGGUGGUUUCCCUUGGGACUGCCCAAACAGUGAGCGGUUACACUUUCAAAAGCUUCAUGUCCCAUGCAAAUAAAUACCAUUGUGCAUACCUCAAUGCUGCUUCAGCCAUAGGAAUGAAGAAGGAAGACGUAGACAUGUUCUUGAAAAGGCUUGACAAGUGUUUGAAGGCUCUGAGGAAAGGAAAGAAUAUUGGGAUGGAUUCACCUCCAGUGCAUGAAGAUGUCUCUGAUAUGGAAAAAUGCAGCAAUGCUGAAGAAGAAACCAAAGACUAGAUUGUGGAAAAUCAUUUCCAGCUCAUAAUGUGCAAAGCUUAUUUCAGGGCUAUACUGUGCAGUGCAAUUAAUUAUAAAAGCAACCAAAAUGUAAAUGAA